CAGGAACUCAAUACAUUAAAAGAAAUGCAAAAUACGUAAUGAAUAGAUGACGAUAAUUAUCUAUUUGAAUUUGUCUUUGAUUAACUAUAAUUAUUUAAUAAUAAACGUCAAAUAGACACAUUAUAAAUCUAAAUUUUUGUAAAGCUACAGAAGGUUGAAUUUAAAAAUAAAGAAAUGUCAUCAAUGAAAAGACUAUUUCUAUUGGAAUUCUUUAUUUCUAAGAUCAAAAUAGAAUCAUCUGUUCCUCAAUUCAGGAGCAUAGCGGUUCACCUCUUUUCUGAUAAAGUUUUAGAUUUAAAAAUCGCAGCAGAAGAAUUUGAAGCCGACAGAGAUGUUCAAGCAGUUGAUGGCGAAUUUAAGGCAGACAUGGGAAAAACGUUCCUUUUUCAAUCAAAAGCUGAAGAUCUGGUACGCCAACUUGACCAAAAAUCGCUCGAAAUAAAUUUGCUAGUGUCCGGUAAAACCAUCGGAUCGACCUCAUUUCCGUGGAAAAAAGAAUUCAUUGACAUGAUACAGACCUAUGAAUCGGUUGGGAUAGUAAGAAGCGUGAAUUAUGAGGGUAAAUUUAAUCUAACGAACUCGAGUAAACAAGUUGCUGGAAACAUUGUAUUGGCGGUAAAGAUGUCCUGUUUGGGAGAGACUGCCGAAACUUAUCUUAAUCUUCAAGGCAGAGAAGCUCUUUUUAUAAACCCGAAGACUUUUCAACAUAUUAAAUGUGAUAAAUACGAAUUUGACAAUGAUAAAAUCCACCCUGUAUCUGCUCUAUAUAAUCCAAUCGUAGCUGAACGUAUAACGAGCGCUGCUAAAUAUUCUUGGGAUCAAAUAUUUGGAACGAAGGCUGGUGACGCGAAAAGUAUUGGUCCUAUGGGGAUGGAUACUGAACCGGGUGGUGUUGGUAAGUCAAUUUCCCGCACGCGACACGAGGCCAUGAGCCGUGAAAGCAUUGCUGUUUCAAUGCGAUAUAGACCUCCGGAAUAUAAAUUUAUGGACAUCAUGAAUUUGGUGACAGCAGAAGUUGAAACCAGAAACGAAGAAACCAUUGUUAAUAUAGCGAUAGAUAAAAAAAGGUCAAAUGCGAUAAUGCCGGAACGUGCUAAAAAGAAAAAGAAUGUUCGUCCGUUAGAUACGAGUGAUCAACUAACAGAGGAGGAACUCAACGAAAAACUGUGUAGAAAUUGUGAUUGUGAAGCGUUGAAAAAGUUUCAUGAACAAGGCAUAGGUCCGAGAUACAGACCUUCUGGACUGGGAGAAUUUUACGAAAUCGCAGAGCCAUCUACGACUUACGGGAUGUAUCACGUUUUCGAAAAUCUUUCUAGAUAUGGACCGCAAAGUUUUUACAGGAGUCCGAAGGAUCCGUAUCAAAAGUACACUCCUGCAGCUAGUAAAUUUCAUGGACCAGAAAGAAUUAAAGAUAACGAACUUUGUUAUUGUCAACCGUUGCCUGAUAAGGCGCUAGCAGGUGACGAAUUGUGUUGCUGCUGUCGUAUACACCAACAACAGAAGACCAGAUUGAGGGGAGGUGGAGAAACAAAACGAAAAAUGAAGUUGUGUAAAAUGUGUAAGCAUGCUGCAGAAAAUAUCGCUGGUAGGGCAGAUAAAUGCAACUUUCCAUUGCGGUUACGAGGGGGAGGAAUUAUAGAGAAAAAUGAAGAAAAACUUAGUCGUAAACCGUGGGAUCCUAUUAUAACAGAAAUAAUUAAAAAAAUCAUUGACCAAGUCUCUAUAUAAUCCAAGAAUAUUAAUAAUUGUUCACUUUUCAGUGAUUACAAUAUGUAGCUAUUAUUUAUAUUUUAUUAUUUGAAAUAAAUUCCAGAGAAUA